AGUCGGAUUUGGGCGUGAUGUGUUUGAUAGCUUCGUAAACGCCGGUUCCUCUGAUCGACCUUGCUUUUAAUAAGAACGUUUCAUUAUGGAUUGUGUCUAAAGGUUCUUCUCCUAACGUUCAUCAGUCGUGGAGGGAUGGUUGGUUUUGACCCUGGGGCCCCUGGCGUCGUCCUGUCUCCAGAAGAGGCAGCGCUAGCUGGGUCUGGUGCUGGGAUGGUCACUCGAGCGCUCAUCAACCCGCUGGAUGUCGUCAAAAUUAGGUUUCAGCUCCAGAUAGAACGUGUGUCUUACCUGCAUCCUGAGGGGAAGUACAGGGGCCUGCUGCAGGCCUCUCGCUGCAUCCUGAGAGAGGAAGGCCUCCCGGCUUUCUGGAAAGGACACUUCCCCGCCCAGCUCCUCUCUGUCUGCUUUGGGGCUGUUCAGUUUGCAACCUUUGAGUUCCUCACUGAAGCAGUGCACAAGUCUACGCCGUACGACAGCCAGACGGCAGGGAUUCACUUAAUCUGUGGCGGUCUGUCGGCCUGCUCUGCCACGCUGGUCUGCCAGCCCCUGGACACCCUGAGGACACGCUUCGCUGCCCAGGGAGAGCCCAAGGUGUACCAUAAUCUGCGACAUGCCGUGUCCACCAUGUAUCGCACCAGCGGUCCGCUGUCGUUCUACCGGGGCCUGGCUCCCACGUUGGUGGCCGUCUUCCCCUACGCCGGGCUACAGUUUUUCUUCUACAGACUCUUCGGUCAGCUUUUGUCGAAGAACUCAGAGGCCGGGAAUUCAGGCGGGAAUUUGAGAAGCCUUCUGUGUGGCAGCGCUGCUGGCGUGCUCAGCAAGACCAUGACGUACCCCUUUGACCUCUUCAAGAAGAGACUACAGGUUGGGGGCUUUGAGGAGGCCAGAGUACAAUUUGGAGAGAUUCGGCAUUACCGGGGCUUCGUAGACUGUAUGGUACAGAUAGGCAAAGAGGAAGGCCUCCGCGGGUUCUUCAAAGGCCUGUCGCCCAGCCUGGUGAAGGCUGCCUUCUCCACUGGCUUCACCUUCUUCUGGUACGAGUUGUUCCUCAAUGCCAUGAAAAACCUCAAGGAGAAGCAGAGGACUGAAUAACUCAUCACAAGACAUUAUUAUCUCAUGCUGGUAUGUGCACAUGUCCACAGGCAUUGGUACAGGAGGAAAAGCAAAGAUGGCCCAAAACACGCACAAAGGAACAGAGAACUUGGCUUCUUCUAUGUUUGCACUGAGGA